AGGCUAUAAACCAUCACACUGCGACUAAUAGGAGCGCAGAUACAAAGGAAAAUGUGAAAAAAACAGGGCGGGUAUGGGUCGAUUUCAAACCAACUGUAAAAAGUGGGAUUAUGAAAUAACUCGUUUACUCUUGUUGAUAAAAGCGUUAUUUAUACUUAAUACGAUGCUAACCUUAUAUCUUAAUAUGGUACAGGCAUAAAUAUUUAAGUUUCAUAAUUAAUAUUCGAGAUAAUUAAUAAAAGUUUACCUAUUUCUCAUUCGUGUCACUGGUGAUUUCCCGGUUUUUUUUACAAAAUAUUAAUUAUAAAUAAUUCUACCCUAAGAAAAUGUAUUAUUGUUUAUUCUGAUAACACUUUAAUAACCAUGAACUCAAGCUUCGCUGAUACUUUUAAAUUAUUACAACUUAUAAUACGAUUUCUCUGUGUUUUAUUUUGCGAUUACUUUUUUCAAUCAUUAGUGUCGACGAAGUAAACGUUCCGUUAUAGAACAACUCUUUGUGUGUAUUACCGCCACACUGCACUCCCCCCCUAAACGGGCCCCAGUGGCACGCGAACAAUCGGUGAUAGCAGACGUGCGCUCCGUUAUUCUGGUUUAAAAUGGCGAAAGAGAAACGUAAGAAAAAUGAAGAUGAGUUAGAAAGGAGAAGAAUUGCAAGAAGGGAAAAAUACAAAAGAAUAAAAAGUGAUCCCGCGAAAUAUGCCAUUGAAAAGAAUAAAAAAAAAGAAGCAUACUUAAGAAGAAAAAGCGAGCAGAAAGUCAAAAAUAUAAACGAAAUGUCUCCAAGGGAACAAAGAGCGCAAAGAAAACGGUGGAGAGAAAAUUCAAAGAGAUACCUGGAGAAGAAAGCUAAUGAGAGGAAGAUACAAGAAAUAACUAUGUCUUCUCUAGUGCUGGAAGCUCAAGGAAAAACAAAUGAUAAAGAGUUAUCUGAUCCAUUGUGUGAACAAAAUGUAAAAAAAGAGAUGGGUAAAGAAAGUAAGCAAAAAAUAUACCAACGUAAAAUGAAAGCCUUAAAGUUAAAACAUGCCAUGGAAAAAAAAGAAAUGACGUUAUUAAUUAAGAAGUACCAAAACCGCUGCAGAAUUUUGACACAGAAAUUAAACAAAAUUAAAAACAUAUAUACCCGUACUGGUUUUGAGGAAAACAUUGUCUUACCUACUCAAUUGCCUAUUGAUACAUCCAAUUGCCAUAAUGUCAAACAAACGACAGCCGAACACGUUAUUUUAAAGUCCGCCAGCGAUUCCAUACGUAGACCAAGUUCAAACCUUCGAAACAAAUGUCUAAAAUACAGAUUUCAGCGGAGUAUCAAACAAGGCAGUAACAGCAUCCAAGAAUUGAUUAAAUUGUUUUACGAAGAUGAUAUUAACAGUCGCAUCGGUGCAGGAAAAAAACAAUAUGUAAAAAAAUACGGACUAGUAAAACAGAGACGGUACCUGCUGGAUUCUGUGAAAAACUUGCAUACUAAAUUUCUUGAAGACAAUCCUAACUUACGGAUUAGUUAUGUAACGUUUACAAGGCUACGCCCAUUUUGGGUCUUCUUGCCACGAGAUGAUAGGGAAACCUGUGCAUGUACGGUACACACAAAUAUGGAUCUAUUGAUUUGUUCUUUAAGGAAAUAUAAAAUUAUUGAUGUAAAGAAUUAUCAGGAUAUGUUACGCGUUCUUUGUUGUGAUAAAUACAACACUAAGUGCGUUGGUAGACACUGUGAAGCUUGUAAAAACAGAGUUAUAUCUUACAAAGAAUUUAAUAACGACGAAGAAAUCGUGUACCAUGAAUGGUCAAGAGAUAAAAAGAAAGUGGGCACCAAAGAAAUAAAUAUAGUGAAAAAAUUUACAAGAAAGAUAAAACCUAGGGACCUGAUAUUUAAACUUGAGAAUUCCCUGCCGAAAUUUUUUCUUCAUACUGUGAACAUCCUAAAUCAAUAUCAAGCUAUUACUCUUUUGAAACAAUCCCUUAGUUAUGAUGAAACAAUUCUCCACAUGGACUUUUCAGAAAAUUAUAGUUACAAAUUUGCUGCAGAGGUGCAGAGUCUGCACUUUGGGGGUAGUCGUGGUCAAGUGUCUCUCCAUACUGUGGUGGCUUAUCUCAAGGAAGAAAGGGAGACUGUUCACCAGUGUCUAUGCACUGUCAGCGAAUGUACACGUCAUGAUUCCCCUGCUGUCUGGGCGCACUUACAGAAGGCGUUAGAAUUUGUGUUUGAAAAACGUCCCUCUAUUACUACCGCACACAUUUUAACUGAUAGCCCAACAAGUCAAUAUCGUAAUAAACAAAUAUUUUACAUAUUGACUCAGCUCCGCGAUACCUUUCCGUCUUUGAAAUUCGUUACAUGGAAUUAUCAAGAAAGUGGUCAUGGCAAAGGUGCCCCCGACGGCGUCGGUGCUGUAGUUAAGAGGACAGCUGAUCAUGAAGUUAAAUGUGGCCGUGACGUCGGGGAUUUUGCAACAUUCCUUAGAGUUGUUUCUGAAAAUGUUAAAAAUGUCGAGAUAAAAGUAGUAGAAGAGCAUGAAAUUAAAGAAAAAGAACUUUUACUUCCUAAAGAUAUUUCACCAUUCAAGGGCACUAUGUUAGUUCACCAAGUGGUCUGGAAUUCUAGAUCCGAAUUUCUCGAGUUCCGAAAACUAAGCUGCUUUCUGUGUAUCGAUAAAAUAUGCGAACAUGAUAAUAAACAUAUGCAACUACAUAAAAUCUAUAAAAGCGUCGUCGACGCGGCCGUCCAAAAUAUUAAAAUUAUUCCACCAAGCAAAAGAAUUACGGUAUUGAACGAUGUAUCCAUCCAGUAUCAUAAUCGUAGCAAUAUUGCGUCAACUUCUGGAACAGGCCAAAUCAGAAAAUUUAGAAAGGAAGAAAAUGUAAAAAGACUUGCUGAUGUCAAAUUUGAUUGGACAAAUCAGACAUUCAUAAGCACCAAACAGAAGGUCUCUGGAGGACACGAAGAGGCUUUUCUCCGGUUUAUUAAUGAGCGAUCUUCCGAGAAUCCAGAAGAAUAGAGAUGGAAGAACCGAAAGUGAUUCUGAAUUAAUAACACUAAGAAGACUGAUUAAUAAUUAAGUUAAUGGGAAAAUAAUGAAACAUAAAUCGUUUUUACAAUUAUUAUAAAGAAAUAACAGUAACUAUCCCGAUCGUUGAUCAGAGAUCGUUCCUGCUGUAGAUCUGUGAUGAUGAGAUGAUGCGAGAGUACUUGUGUCACAACGUCGUGCUUUGUUACUACCGGAUAGUCACAGCUAAGCGGUCAGGCUUUAGCUGUAAGUUUUAACUAAGUAUUAAUUUAAUAGAAGAUUACCUAUCCAAAAUAACUGCAUAAAUAAGGAAAAUUAGUAAAGUAGAAUAUCCAUUU